AUGUAUAUCCCUCCAGAGCAGCUUGAGUCGUUCUCAGACCCCAAAGUUUACCUCGAAUAUCGCAAGAAACUAGAAGGCUCNUUUUGGCGAAACUUUGAUGCACAGCUCAGAGAUUCUGAAACCAGCAAGACUUCCGCUCAGAACUUCAGAGAGUUGAUGCGAAAGAGAUUGGCGGAGAAGCCCGAACUAUUGGAGCAGAUAUUGCCUGACUUUCCUCCACAUUGCCGCCGUCUCACACCUGGCCCUGGAUACCUAGAGGCUUUGACAAAGGACAAUCUCACCUUCAUCCAAACUCCUAUUUCACACUUCACAAAAGACGGAAUUGUGACAAACGACGGGAUACAUCGCCGUGUCGACGCUGUUAUCUGCUCCACAGGUGCAAACGUCGACUUUGCGCCUCCUUUUCCUAUCGUUGCUGGACCAUACGAUUUGUCUCGCGACUGGCGGCCAGAAGGGAAGUUUGGCUUUCCCUACACCUAUAUGGGUGUCGCGACACCUGGUCUUCCCAAUCUUCUGCAACUACAUGGUAUGUGCUCAUCUUUGUUGGAAGAAGAACUUGCGCUGAUCCUUUUGUANGGUCCCAACGGCUAUGGAUCGUCAGGAACAGUCCCACACUCGGUUGAAGUACAAGCAACAUACAUCGCCAAAGUGCUUCGCAAAGUCAGCAGCCAGGGUAUUGCAAGCAUUGUGCCCAAGAAACAUGCCGCCGACGCCUUUGUGGAGUACUGCGACGCUUGCUUCCCUCGUACCAAUCUGUCUAGAAAAUGUAGUAGCUGGGCAAAUGGCCGGCGUCCUGGCGGCAGAAUACAUGGACUGUGGCCAGGAAGCGCUACGCAUUUGACCAACAUCAAGAGGGAACCACGCUGGGAAGACUACGAGUACACCUAUGUCAACUCUGAUAACAUGUUCGCCUAUUGGGGCAAUGGUGUUGCCAAGAAAGAGAUUGAUCCGGAAAGCGAUAUGACACCUUACUUGAGGUUACCCGAAGAGUUAGACUUGAGAGACUUGCACGAGCGCUGGUGGGACUUGUGA